CCAGCUUUGGCAUUACUAUACAAUUUUUGGGAUAGAUCAGCUACUGCGGCCUAGCAGACAGGACCGUGAUUUGCAAGAAUUCACAGCCACGACCGUUCAAGAACCUUCCAGCAACUAGUUCGAAUAGUAUAUAAACCAGCCGCCGAUUCAGUUGCACUUGUAUACACAAUCGAAAACCCGAACAUAUACGACGCAGUAGUCGGUAUAGCUCAAAAUUAAUAUAAUCUGUCACACAAAUUCGCUGCAACAAGUUAAUCCAGAACUAAGACGCGUCAGCAAACUAAAUAAAUUAGCAGGUCAACGAGAACUAUAAGAAGGAAUUGCGAAAAUGCCGGAGAAGUUGCUGAAAAUCACCUAUCAGGGCUCGGCCCAGAAGAAAAUAAAUGCAUAUUUGCGUAUGCCAUCGCAGAUUUACACCAUACUGCGUCGCGAAAUUGAGCUGUAUCUUUUCCAAGAACGUCAGUUGCCGAAAUGCGAUAUCAGGACCUUUUGGAUCGAUAGCGAUCAGGAUGAAAUCGAAAUUGUCAACCAAAAUGACUACGAGAUUUUCCUGGCCAAGUGCGAACCCAAUAUGCACGUCCAGGUGGCUCCAUUGCCAUCCGUGGAGGAGGAAUUAAAGGCCGACAAACAGGGGGCUUCUUCUUCGGCGAACAGCGCUGAAGCUCCAUCUCCUGAUGAUCCGAGCAAUUUCACCAUCCAUGACACCGUUGAGUGCGAUGGCUGCGGAUUGGCCCCAUUGAUUGGCUUCCGCUACAAGUGCAUCCAGUGCAGCAACUUUGAUCUUUGCCAGAAAUGCGAGGCGGCCCACAAGCAUCCCGAGCACAUGAUGGUCCGCAUGCCGACCAAUAAUGGACACACUGUAGUGGAUGCCUGGUUCACUGGAUCGAAUCCAUGGGGUCGCCGUUGCGGUCGCCGCUCCAGGGGACACUGCCCAUUCCAGGAGGCCGCCCAAGCUACUCCAGCUGGCGAUUCCUCCAAGGAAAGUCGCCGUGAACGCCGUCACGCUCGUCGCCAUGGCGGUGUCUUGUCCCAGUUUGUGGAGAUGAUGACCAAUUUGCCGCUAAACGAAACAACAACCAGUGCACCGGCUGAACCGGAGAAGCCCAAGCCAGCCGAUCCUAAACCAAGUGCUCCGCAGGCUGAGCCCACUGUAACCGCUCAAAAGGCAGCCGAAACUGAGGCCAAGCCAACUGAACCAAAGAAGGUCAACACUGAGCCUCAAACAGCUCCUCCCACUGAGGAUCCAGUGACUGCUCCUCGCUCUAACGAGGGCAGCACUCCCACUACUCCAGUGAUCAAUCUAGAGAAUCUGACGCAGAUUGUGCCACCCGAGUACAUGCGCGCUGGCAUUGAGAUCUUGAAUAAUUUCAGCGAAAUGUUCGCCAAGAUGAUUGAUCCCACUGAGACUGGGGAUUCGGGAAUAUUUGCGCCCUCAAUGACCCCAAGUACUGGGGCCAAGAAGCCAGAGGAAGCUCAAUCUGCUGCUCCUUCGGCCAGCCAGUCAACUACAUCUACUGCUGCUCCUUCGGUUAAUCAAUCGAAUGCCCCCUCGGCUAAUAAUUCAAAUGCUCCCUCGGCCAACAAUUCAAAUGUUUCCUCGGCAAAUCAAUCGAAGGCGCCAUCCGCUAACCAAUCGGCCACUCCAUCGAUUUCAGGAUCUAUUAUUUCUGAGGGUCCUCUUGAAACAGAGCCCUUGAUUCCGGAGCCAGCACAGCCUGUACAAGUUCCACAAGGAGAGGAGGAGAGGCGCCGUUCGGACAGCUUGGACCAGGAUUGGCAGGUUAUCGACAACGCCUAUUCGGCGAACAACAACAGCAACCUGAUCAAUCUGGAUCAGACCAAUCCCACAGCUGCUCCCCAGCAGCCAGUGAGUGAUUUUGGUCAGUUGGGCGAACUCUUGCGUCAGCACAUUAAUGAGGAGGCACGCGUGGAGCAGGCCACGGCCAAUACCCAGACCGCUCAGGUGGAUACGGUAAGUACGUCGACUUCGACCACUUCGGUGUCCACCAACAGUGUCGGCACCUCUCCAGCAGCUCCCGAGGAAAAGCGCAGCGUGCCCGUUUACCACACAGACGAGCGAAUUAAUUCCUCCAUCCAUGCCAUGAUGGCCAUGGGUUUCAGCAACGAGGGCGCUUGGCUCACCCAGCUUUUGGAAUCGGUUCAAGGCAAUAUUCCGGCCGCUUUGGACAUAAUGCAUACCUCGCAGAACCGAAUCUAAAUAUGCAUAUACAAUAACCAUAUAUCUAUUACGUAUCUUCAAUAUUUAUAGGGCCCAUUAAAAAAGGGAAUUCUUAUAUAUUAUCUGUUUAUUAUGUAGCUUUAGAAUUUUUCUGUGGUGCUUGAUUAUUCUCGUUACCAAAAAAAAGUGAAAAUGUAUUUGAUGUUUUAAAUAAUCAACAACAUGUUAUCAUAUAUAUGUGAAACUACAAUAAAGGCACAAAGUCAAAAUCAA